UGCCUUGCUGAUAUAGACACGGUGGACUUUGAGACACGUGCUCUGGAAGGCGAGCAUACUUCUCUGUGCAGCUUCCAGUGACUGACCACCACUCAAUCACCUUUACUGGUGAGGACGACGCGUCUACAUUUGGACUACUGCAGCCAUGGUGUCAACUGAAGGUGUGACGUCGUGCGUGUUAGAGGCGGUCCUGUCCCAUCUGCUCCUGAGCUGCGCUCUGCUUUUCGCCGCCGUUGCUGCCAUCUGCUGGUACAUCCGGGACUCCCGCACAGUCGACGGCCUCGGCCGCAAGUGCGUGUUCAUCACCGGCUGCGACAGCGGCUUCGGGAACCUGCUGGCGCGGCGGCUGGACCGCAAGGGGGUCCGCGUCAUCGCCGCGUGCCUCACGGAGGAGGGCGCGGCGGCCCUGGCGGCGGCCGCCUCCCCCGCGCUGCGCACGCUGCUGCUGGACGUCACCGACAGCCGCAGGGUCGCGCGCGCCGCGCAGGUCGUGCGCGCAGAGGUCGGGGAGCGAGGUCUGUGGGGGCUGGUGAAUAACGCAGGCAGGGCCGUGCCCAUCGGCCCCACCGAGUGGAUGCAGAAGGAGGACUUCGACAGGGUUCUGGACGUGAACCUGGUCGGCGUGAUCGACGUGACGCUGCGGCUGCUGCCGCUGCUGAAGCGAGCCCGGGGCAGGGUGGUGAACGUGGCCAGCGUGCUGGGCCGCCUGUCGCUCGUCGGCGGCGGGUACUGCCUGUCCAAGUGGGGCGUGGAGGCCUUCUCUGACAGCCUCAGGUACCAGGCGGGAUGCAGUCGGGUGCACCCACGCAUCUGCUUAACCGGCUGCCGUCUGCUUCCUCUGCCCAGGAGGGACAUGCAUCACUUUGGCAUCAAAGUGAGCAUCAUUGAGCCCGGGUUCUUUAAGACGGCCGUGACGCGGCUGGAUCUCAUCGAAGCCGACCUGAAGAGGCUCUGGACCCGUCUUCCUGCGCACGUGAGGGACUCCUACGGUGCCACGUACUGCGACGACUAUAUAAAAUCCCAGGAGUUCUCCAUGAAUCUGCUGUGCAGCUCAGAUCUCUCUAAGGUGACCGGCUGCAUGGAGCACGCGCUCACCGCCCGUUUCCCACGCACGCGUUACGGCGCAGGCUGGGACGCUAAGCUGCUGUGGAUCCCUCUGUCCUACCUCCCUUCAUUUGUCUCAGACCGUUUCACCAGUGCUCUCCUUCCGUCAUACGGGCAUAAAUAAAAGGCCUGGGAAGAAAACGGCAAGACUUUGUUACAAAAUAGGAAAUUUAUUCAGCAGCAGCGAUUUAAACCACAGGGUGUGUUCUGGAUGAUCACAUCCACUUAUUGCUUGUCCUCAUUAUGAAACAAAAUGGAUGAUUGUGUAAAUGUAGAAUUUAUUCACCUUUUUAUAAAACGGCUCUUUUUAUAAAA